AUGGCCGAGAGGUCCGAGCAUCAUCUUGGCUCGAGCAACCAGCCAGACCCAGAAUUCAUCCUGGACUCCAUUGGCUGGGAAGAGCAUGACUAUGACGGAGCCGACUUGGAAGCCAUAUUUGCAGAAAUACAGGCUUCAUUAGAAGUUCCUGCGGUGGAGACUUCUGGUGGUAGCUCUCAACUCGAAACCUCGGUAUUCAGUCGCGAAGUUGCUCAGUCCCUACCGACUGAUGUCAUCCGAAGUUCGCGUUCGUCGCCAUUUGCGCUCGUUGUACCGCUUCAGGGAGAUGUUCCCUCCCAGUCAUUGCACUCCGGCUCAAUCGGCUCCUCGCGACUUCCGCAUACUCCUCGUCACGGGUCCUCGUCCAUGUUGUCCACCAGAAAUCAGAUUGCCGACCUCCGCACACCUAGUACUGAUGGUCCGAAUAGUACUUUAACUCCUUCAAUACCUAAACGAGUGACCCCAAUCUCCGAGGACCGCGAGGAACCCCUUGAAACAACACCCCCGGACCAAUCUUCGUCCUUCAUGUCUAUGAAUGACGGGUCCUUUGGGAAUUUUCAGCCUGAAACUACAGAUCUCAACCUUGGGCAAUUCAGCCUAACAACCAAUAACCUUUCUUCACUUUCUCCUAGAAAUCUUUCUUAUCAUAGCCCUAGCAAUGCCGAUAUUCUCGGCUUCAAAGCCUUCCUCCAGGAUCCACAUUCAAGUCCCUAUACUCAAUUGAACAAUUUAGAAUCCCGCCAAAAUGACACCGCUAAUGUCAUUCACGAAGGAGCAGACUUCCAAGCGAGUUUCAACGACACCCAAACCUCGAAUCCUACUGUGCACGCGGCAGACUGGCAACUCAAGAGGCAGCUCCUACCAAAGCCAUCCUCCAGCCAGCAUUCUUCCACUUUACUCUCCAAACCCCCAUCUUCUCAGUCCAGUGUUAGGCCCUCACCAGUCAGCUUAGCAGUACUUCCGGCAAAGGGGAAGCGGAAGCGAAAUCCGGAAUAUACCCGUGAGAAAAUUAAGAAUGUCAAACGGGGCAAAGCAUGUUAUGAUGUAGAGACAGGAGCAAAAGAGUUGGGACGCUAUCUCGAAAAUUGCAAGUCGGCACUUCUAGAUGAGGCAGCAAUGGGCAUUGAAGACGAUCUCCUCAAGAUCGGCAUUAUCGAAGCAGAAAAAUACGCAUUCAAGUAUCCCGCAUCUGCCGUGUCCACAGCUAUGAACAUCAGAGCUGCCAGCCAUUUUUCGAAGACGCGGAUGAACGUCGGAGGGCCCAACGUCCUAGAGCUUUCUUACUAUGAUGACAGCCGCAUAAAGAAUGAUGACAAGGUACCAAUACCGGCAGUCCUUGAUUACCAAGUUGACUACAUGGCAAUUCAGUACAUGUUUCAACAGAUGAGGCUGGUUGUACAACGGCUAAAGAAGCUUUUUUUCGGACCAAAAAAUGGCUCUUCUUGGUACGAAAUCUAUCUCACUGCCUUUAUUCUGCUCUGCAGCCUUGAAUCAAUCCAUUCCAGACAAGUUGAGGUUCUUGCUCGAUUCGCUGCAAAGGAUGAUGACCUCCUUCCUCAAGUCAAAGCAACGGGAAUGACCAUGAUACAAGAAUGGAGGCAUUCUGUCAAAGUUCUCAUCUAUUAUUUCAGAUGUAUACUGAAAGGAAUGAUACCGUUUUCAGCCGAGUGGAGCGAAAAGCAUGUCGCGCAACUACGACGUCAGUGCUCUUUGGACGAGGAUGCCAUAGCGUACCUUCGUCGUCUGUCCACCAUUAUCAAUGGCAGAGAGACAGAGUUGCAAGUGGCAAGUCAAGAUGAUCUUGACAACUUCUCUGCGAAACCUUUAGCUUGGAUAUCUCGGCUAUAUGUGUUCAACGAUCUUUGA